GGAAAAGGAGGGCGGAAAUCAGAGAGACGUAAACGGGGAGCUCAGUAUGUUUGGUUCUCUGAUUACGAAGCGAUCCUUUCUUCUCUCCUCCGUCUUCCUCAUCGCCUGCCUUAUUAAAGAAGAUUCGCAUUUCUCCUCAUCUCGCCUUACACUGCUUCUGGCUACGGAAAUAAGGGAGCCCGUCGAUAAAGCGCUUGCUUUUUUCGCUGAUUCGGACUAGGAAUCCGUCGCGAAAGCUGAGAUCUUUAAGCAGGUUUCGUCUUUGUGGCUCCGGGGGCUUGUUUCUGUAGAAAAGAUUCGAUUUUGAUUCUGGUUUAGUUGAGUUUAUAGUUCUUCUGGGAAAAGUUGGGGUUGUUUCGCACCUAGCUGAGUCUUGGGCUGUUUCUUGGUGCUAAAGAAAGGAAGAAAGGAACAUACUCGAUUUAUGAUCGGAAGCUGUUGUGAGAUUAGAGCGCCUGGCGUUCACAGUUUGGAUCUUGCUUCAUUUUCUUGGGGAUCCGUUGAGUGGUUUGCGGUGGGUGAUGAGGAACGAUGUGCAGAAACCUCAGGGUGGCGGUGUGCCGAGGAAUCACCGCAACGGCAGUAGCAAUGAGGUCUUAUCGGUUCGGUCUUUGUCGAAUUGCAUGAGGAUCGUGUCCUCCGCUGCGUCCAAUGUUGCAUCCACUGUUCGCAAGGCGGGGGCGUCUAUUGUCUCCUCAAUCGCCAACGGCCAUGAUGAUGCGGGCCAUGAUCAGGUGCUUUGGGCAGGAUUUGACAAACUGGAAAUGGAAGGUGAUGUCCACCGACAAGUUCUCUUGUUGGGUUAUGGGUCAGGGUUCCAGGUUUGGGAUGUUGAGCAAGCAGAUGAUGUAAGGCAGUUAGCAUGUAGACAUGAUUUCCCUGCUUCUUUUCUUCAAAUGCAAAAGAAGCCAAUUGCAUUAAAGGGUCUAGUAGAUAGGUUUGCAGAUGUUCGUCCAGUGCUGAUUGUGGUUGGGGAUGGAUACGUUAAUGGAAAUUUCAACAAUUUUGAUGGGUUUGGUUUUUCUUCUAACGGUUCUGUUGGUGGUUGUCAGGAGAUGGAAAGUGACAAUUCUUUGCCUACUUAUGCCCAUUUUUAUUCCUUAAGGACCCAUGAGUAUGAGCAUGUCUUGAAGUUCAACUCAGCUAUUCUCUCUGUUAGGUGCAGUCCUCGAGUUAUUGCUGUUUGUCAAACUUCACAGAUACAAUGUCUUAAUGCUGCAACCCUAGAGAGGGAAAAUAUAAUUGUUACUAAUCCUGUAGCUUCGGCAUCUGUUGUUUCUGGAAGUAUAGGCUAUGGCCCACUUGCAGUUGGCACCAGGUGGUUAGCGUACAGUGGAAUUCCAGUUCCAGUUUCAAGUAAUUGCCCUGUUAGUGCUCAAGAUGUAAGUCCUGCUACGGUGACUCCUUCAAGAGGUAGUCUGAUGGCACAUUUUGCAAGAGAAUCUAGUAAGACGCUUGCUGCAGGUUUGGUGACACUUGGAGAUAAGGGGUUGACAACAUUCUCCAAGUAUUACACAGAAUUUGUAGGUGACAAUAAUGGUUUUACAGUGCAUGGGAAUUCCAAUUCAAAUAGCAACAAGAUCAUGCAUAGGGAACCUGCAAACAUGGAAAAUGAUGAAAUGGUCAUAGUUGAAGAUAUUGUCUCUAGAUCAGUGAUAGUUCAGUUUAGGGCACAUAAGAGUCCUAUCUCCGCAUUGUGCUUUGAUCCUAGUGGGACCUUGCUAGUCACUGCUUCUAUCCAUGGUCGUAACAUCAAUGUUUUUCGCAUAAUGCCUUCUCCACAUUCAAAGCCAGAAGGAUCAGGUGCAAAGGGGACUUGCAUCCAUCUUUUCAAGUUACAACGGGGCAUCACAAAUGCGGUUAUACAAGACAUCAGCUUCAGUGAUGACAGUAAAUGGAUAGUGAUCAGCUCGUCAAGGGGUACUAGUCAUUUAUUUGCAAUCUGCCCUUCUGGAGGAGCUGCAGACCUUAAGUUCAAUGAGCGUAAUAUUGCAAAUAUCUGCUAUGGAUCAGCUUUGACAACAAAAAUGUCAGUUCAUUUAUCUCAGAAUUCUUGCUCUUCAAAGAUAAGUGAGCAGAGCCUUUAUGGGUCUGGUAGUCCUGUUACAUUAUCAGCUGUAUGCAGAAUAAAGAACGGGAAACCUGGGUUUAAAAGUACCGUUAAUGGGUUAGCAGCAGCUGGUACUGGUAAGAUCAGUCCUUCGCCCGGGGCCAUUGCUUCUGUUUUCCAUUACUGCAAGGGUACUGGUCUUAAUGCCAAUAUCAGCUCACUGAGAAAAAUGUACUACUUUCUUGUAUUCUUUUCUUCUGGCUCUAUCAUACAGUAUGUUCUUCAUCAAUCAAGCAGGGAGUAUUGUGGCACUGAUCAAUCAGGGUUAAGUUCCAUUGCUCACGAGUUAUCGCAUGAAGCAUAUUCUAGGUCAGACGUUGAGGCACUUCAGAAAUGGGAUGUUUGUCAUAAGCGGAACAGAAAAGAUGGAUGCGACAAUGUUGAUAUAUAUGGUGAUCAUGGCAGUGGAGAGAAUACUAAAUUUUUAUGUAAAGACACGAGGAAAGAGAUUAGUGUGUAUAACUCUGCUAGUGGUGUUGACUUGAAAACAAAGCUUGCUGCUAAACAAACUCCUCACUUGUACAUAUCUGAGUUCGAGUUGCAUGUUCAUGAAGCUUGGGUUCCCCUAUGGUCAAAGUCUAAGAUUUCCUUUAAUGUGUUGAUGGACCAAAAUAGCAAAGAAGCCUACAGUGGUAAUUCUGUUGGAGAAAUAGAGAUUGAAAGAAUCCCAUGCCGUACAAUUGAAGCUAAACUGAAAGAUCUUGUUCCAGUUUUCGAUCAUCUGCAAUCACCGACAUUCCAGCAACCAAGGACAGAUGAUUCUGACCUCAUCCCGCAUGGCCCACCUACAUGCCUGAAGACAGGCUUGUCAGAAGUCGGGGAGCAUUCACACCGAAGUAGCUGUAGUUCUCUUGACAGUGUGCCUGAAAAUGCUGUGAUAGCUGAGCUUCCCAAUAGUAACAGCAGCGGUGGUUGGACCCGCUCUUCACAAGAUACUGACAAGGGCUUUCUAAGUAAUCAUACAGAUUGCCCAAACAUGGAAAGUAAUCUCGAGUCUGUAAAUAACAAUGAGGGCCUGAAGACUGAGGCCUCGCUCGAGUUUGUAAAUAACACAGAACCUGAAGCUGGAGACACACCUCGAGGACAUUGAUAAUGGCAGUCACCAAGAUGGCACUAUCGAGAGGUAGGUCAAGUAUCAGGUGUUUAGCAGCUUUCUUUUCUUUCUUUUGGUCCUUGUAGGUGUUUAGCCAUUGUUCAUAGAGGCACAUACAUAUACUGGGAAUGUAUAGCCAGGUGGGGUUGAACUUUGGAAGGGAAAGUUUCUUUUAUUUUCCAGAACAUUUGUGAAUGAAGCAAAUUCCAAGAUUGCAAUUCCAAUGACUGUAGUGUAUGGACCAGUGACAAGGCUUCUUCCUCAGUAUCUACUUCAUAAGAAGGGAGACUGAUGUGAUUUGUGUUCA